GAAAAUUUUAAUAAACCCAGCCAAACUCUUCCAUCUUAAAAUAUUUCAUUUGAUUAAGAGAAGAAAACUUCAAUAUGCCUUUCAAUUUCGUGAAGAAAUUAAAGAAUAUUUUGGAAGUAGAUAUUGGAGUAGUGGUGACAGAAGAUCUAGAUCCACGCAAGAUUAAUGCAUUUCAUCAAUGUUACAGAAGUGAGAUGGGAAUUCCUUGGGUACUGCCGAUAGUUAAGGAAAUCGAAGUAUUAAUGACUAACGAAAUGCUAGUUUGCCAGGAGGAGCUUCCAGGUUUUGGUUUGAAUUCAUUUCGCACUGCAGUCACAGAGCUUGUUCUAGGAAAAGAUAACGAUCGUGUUGCAAAUGGUCAUGUCCUGACAGUGCAGAGUUUAUCCACAGUAGGAGCUCUGAGAAUGAUCAGUGAAAUAGCGUGGAAGCAACUUAAAUUGCGACAAAUUUAUGUCCCUGACUCCACUUGGGCAGGUGACCAUCCAACUUUUCUAGCAGCAGGUUUUCCUAAACCUAAAACAUAUCGUUAUUAUGACCACGAUAAGCACGAAUUGGAUAUAGAAGGUAUGAUUCAAGACUUGCAAGAGAUUUCAUCAGAUGCUGUAGUUGUGUUUUAUUCCUGUUGUCAUAAUCCAACAGGAUGUGAUCCAACUCCAAAACAAUGGAAGAGAAUAGUCGAAGCAAUUGGGGCCACGACACUGUUUCCGCUCAUAGAUUUAUCGUACCAAGGGCUUGCUUCAGGAGACCCUGAUAUCGAUGCUUUUCCCAUCAGGCUCUUUGCAAGAUUAGGUAUUGAGAUGGCUGUCUGCAUUACAUUUGGUCACAACUUUCUGCUUUACAAUGACAGGAUUGGAGCUGCAAUGUUUUUUGUUCGUCGUCCUGACGAUAUCCCACCAUUGAAGAGCCACUUGGCAGCUUUGAUAGACUCGAUGUACGGUAUCCCACCUUAUCAUGGUGCCAAGAUUGUUGCUACCAUUCUUAACACUCCAAAGUAUUAUGAACAGUGGAUAGGUUACUUGAAUAAAAUUAGAAAUCAGACACAGGAAGCAAGGAAUAACUUUGUGGCUGCUCUUAAAAGAUUUGACGUGCCAGGAAAUUGGAAUUAUAUUUCUAAAGGCACAGGGAUGAACGCCUUUAUCAAUCUCACAGAUCGUCAAAUCCAACAUUUGAUACUGUAUCACCAUGUUUAUAUUCGUACAAAUGCUAGCCUUAAUGUUGGUGCACUUUCCGAUGAUAAGAUUGAAUACGUGGCGGAAGCCAUAGCUGACUGUAUAAAAGAGUACCCAGCUGUUGAAGAAUCAGAUAAAUAAGUCCUUUUUGGUCAUUUAGAUGAGAUUAGAUUUAUUCUAUUUCAUUGUAAAAAGUGAUUGUUAAUUAAAUGUUCAUAGCAAUGUU